GCUACUUAGGUUUUUGUUCUGUUUCCAGGAUAAAUGUUAGUGAGAAUGUGAGAUCUUGUGCUUUCAAACUUUCUAGUAACCUGUAAAACUAUUUUCUACAAUCGCCUUUCCUACAGUCAUGUUUGAAACAACUGCUAUGAAAAGGUUUAGUUAUGUGGUUCAGUCAUGUGCUAGUAACCUGUAAAACUAUUUUCUACAAUCACCUUUCCUACAGUCAUGUGCUUGUAAAUUUUUGUGUAAAGCUUGUUCUGGUAUUUCCUAGCUUUUCCAUUGCUUCAGUAGUCCAGUUAUUAUUUUUUAUUUUAUUGAUUUAGCAGCAUGGGAUUGUUGAAUGAAGAGCUUGUUGAAGACAGACUUGUGAAUCGUUCAUUGCAAAAGGGGUUGCUUUUGGAAUUCAAGAAGGAUUCUGAUAGAGUAUUGCUAGCAGUAGCUCAGAGACCUGAUGGCAAGAAGAACUGGAUGGUUUCUGAUCAGAAUGAUGUCACUUCUUCCAUCAAACCGCAACAAGUGACAUAUAUUGUUCCUGGUGUUGACAAUUUUGACCAAGCAGAUAUUGCAGAUUUUGCUCAGAAGGCUCAGGAUAACAUGGACCCAUCACUACUUGAAUUUGCUUGGAUUGAGCUCCUCGAGAAGAAUAAGUCUGUGACAGUUGAAGAGUUGGCUGAGAUAAUUUUUGGCAGUGCUGAGCCCCUUGAGAGCUAUUCUGCUCAUCUCUUGCUAUCAAAAGAUGAAGUAUACUUUACUGUACUGGAGACUAAAGGAUGCCGCUCCAUUUAUGGUCCUCGACCAAGUGGGCAGGUUGAGGAGCUCAUUCGUAGGAAGCUUGCAAAGGAGGCCGCUGAGAAAGAACUAAAGGAGUUUAUUGAAUUACUGACCUCUGCAAAGUCAAUGUCUUCACAAGAUAAACCUCCAAAAUCUUCAUGGACAAUUGAUGAGAAAAUUUGGAACAGAAUCGAGUCACUUGAAGCAUAUGCUAUUGAUACAUGUAAAAAUGACGAACAAAGGAAAACAGCUGGGAUGGUAAUUUUUUCCCUCAAUUGUUAUGUAGGCAUGUAA